AUGAGGAUGUGCAUCAAUUACAGGAAGCUAAACACGGUGACGGUGAAGAACCGUUACCCCUUACCUCUCAUUGAUGACUUGUUUGAUCAGCUCCAGGGCGUUGUUGUGUUUUCUAAGAUCUACUUGAGGUCCAGGUACCAUAAGUUGCGGACUAGGGCAUCGAAUAUUCCUAAAACCGCAUUUAGGACUCGUUAUGGCCAUUAUGAGUUCCUAGUGAAGUCUUUUGGGCUGUCUAAUGCCCCUGCUGCCUUCAUGGAUUUGAUGACCCAUUUAUUCAGGCCCUAUCUGGACUCCUUCAUUAUAGUUUUCAUCGAUGAUAUUCUUGUAUACUCACAGAGCAGAGAGGAGCAUGCGCAUCAUCUGAGGAUUGUGCUCUAG